CGUGAGGCGAGGUGGUACUCGAGUACUUAUACCGCAGGUUCUCCCUUCUGCGGCCUCGUCCCUCCUCCCACCAUAGUCCAUCCCAAGACCCCGACAACCCUCGAUAGACUACCGUCAUAACAAAGUACGAUGAAGAACUUGGCGCAAUUGUGCUUCCUCGCAGCCCUCGCGGUCGUUCCAUCACUGGCAGCAGACCUGGGUCCCCAGUUCCAACCCGACUUCCAGCCAAUGGACAAACCCAAUUUCGAAGAGUUCUACCCAGGAAUUGUUCCUGCCACUAAUGUGCCCGGGCUCGGAAAGCGGCAAGGCUCGUGUCCUACGGCCAACAGCUUCCUUUGUCUGAACACAGGAAGGUGCUGUCCUGUAGGCUACACUUGUAAUGGGGAUACCGUGAAUGGGUGGUGCUGUCCAAUUGGCGAAUUUUGCGACUCGUCGUUUACUUUUUGCCCUGCCGGACAAACGGAUUGUACCAAUCUCAUAGGUGUUAGCGGGUGCUGUCCUACUGCUACGCACAGGUGUUCAAACUCUACCGGAACCCCGGGGUGCGCGAGACUAAGCGGUUCAAAUACCCCCACCAACAUUUGCGAUCCUGGGACUUUUAUGUGCGCGGACGGCUCCGGUUGCUGUCCUGACGGAACGAGAUGUGUCGCCGGGACAACGCUCUGCCGGAAGCCGUGUGAUCCGGGAUUGAUCGAAUGCCCUUCUGGCGGGUGCUGUGAACUGGGAUUCGCUUGCGAUGACGCCGCUGGGCUGUGCCGGAGGACCUUGAGUAGUGGGUCAAGUAUAAGACCGUCUUCAACAAGAGCCGCUACCAUCCCAACUCUCGAGAACCCUUUCACCUCAAUUUCAGCAAGACCAACCUCCACCGUCGAGCCCGCAUCACCCACUGGGGACGAAAAUCCCCAGACCGAUUUAGGGCCCCUGGAUACAGACCCCAGUCGCAGUCGCAGUCGCGGUCCCACUCCCACUCCCCGUGUAGCAACGACGAGUGGUGGAAAUGUCCUAAAGCCAGGGGGAUGGUUGGGGGAAUGGUUAGGAGGAUUCGGAACUGUGUUUUUCCUUGUUUUCUUCCAUCUGUAAAUAUCAGCAGCCUUCUUUCUUUCUUUCUCAGCAGGGCAACGAUGGUGGAUGAUAUUAAUGGCAUUUAAUACGGGUAUGAGAAUAGCAUUAUUAUAAUUUUGUCAUGAAUAAUAUAUAAAACGUAUUGAUGUAUGGAUGGAUGGAUGGAUUGACUAUUAAA